CUCACUGCUCGGCACAACAAAAGACUUGACGGGAAAAGUCAAAUUGAUCUCCUGUAGUAAACGGUCUGGGCUUUACAUUUUAUUCCAACCCUUAAUUAUCGGACGGCCGUCCAGGCUGAAUAGAGCGCCAGGGAGCCCGAAGCAUGUCGGACACGCGCUCCUUCAAGUCCGCGCAGAUCAGCGCGCGCCGGCCGGAGACUUUAGACACGAGCCUGGCGCUGCCGGCGGAGGAAAACAUGGCUGUGCUGCACGAGAAGGCGCCCGACAGGAACGCGCGAGUCCAGGAGCAGGUGCGACUGACCCUCGCGCGGAAGAAAAAGGACGCGAUUUCAAACGGCAACAUCUACUCCCAGGAUUCUACAUUUGACUCGGGAAAGGGACUUCAGUACUCAGUGAUGGCGCAGUCUCCUUCGCAUCUAGGAUCAGUGGGAAUGUACAGCUUGAAGAGGCUGACGCGCAGUGGAGAAAUGUCCCCCAAGUCAAGCCCUCUCCUGUCCUAUGGCACACUUUUUGGAUCGCAGAACUCUGGAACAGGCUGUCAGGGAGCCUACACUCUACCUGCAGCCAGAAGUUUCAAGCAUCACACUCGCUCAGAAAUGCCACUCAGCCAGAGAGUACAGGCCCCUCCUCAGACAAACCAGAACAAGGGCAGCCUGCACAGAUCUUACAGGAAACAGAGAUCCCUCCUUGGUCAGCAACAGGCAGGCAGCCUGUCCCUCCUGACUGCAGGCCGAGGGAAAGGCAUGGACCAAGGCAACAGGCAGCACUCCUGUUCGGCUUCAUUUGCUAGCGUGGAGCUGGACAGUCGGGUGGGACAGGCAGGCAGUAUGAAGGCUGCUGCCCUGCUAGGGAACCAGAAUGGUCGGCAACAGGCAGGCAGCCUGUCCCUCCUGACUGCAGGCCGAGGGAAAGGCAGGGACCAAGGCAACAAGCAGGACUCCUGUACGACUUCGUUUGCUAGCGUGGACAGUUGGGUGGGGCAGACAUGCAAUAUGAAGCCCGCUGCCCAGCUGGAGAACCAGAAUGGUCGGCAACAGGCAGGCAACCUGUCCCUCCUGACUGCAGGCCGAAGCAAAGGCAUGGACCAAGGCAACAAGCAGGAGACCUGUACGACUUCGUUUGCUAGCGUGGACGUGGACAGUCGGGUGGGACAGACAGGCAGUAUGAAGGCCGCUGCCCAGCUGGGGAACCAGAAUGGUGUUUGUGUAAUGAAAGGGCGGAAGAGCCAAUCAGCACUGACAUUGGAGAGGGCCGUGAACCAGCUCUCCCACACCGACACAGACUUGCAGGUUUCUGCUGCAUAUUUCAUCCAGCACCAAUGCUUCAUCAGUAGAUGGUGUAAGAACAAGCUACUUCUCCUCGGCGGCAUUCCCAAGCUGCUCAAAGUACUUCAAAGUGACAAUGAAGAGCUGCAGAAGGCUGGCAUCAGCGCGCUGCGCAAUGCUGUUUAUGAGGACAGUAAAAACAAGGAAGAAGUGAGGGAUCAGAAUGGCAUUAGAACCCUGGUUAGCCUGCUACACAGCAACAGAGACAUAGAAACAAGGGUGCAGCUCACAGGUUUGCUGUGGAACCUAUCAUCCCACGACUGUCUGAAGGAUCAAAUCUCCAAAGAGGGCCUAAAGAUCCUUACGGAGUCCAUCAUUGUACCCUGCUCGGGUAUUUCUGAGGGGGAAAAUCCUAAAAACGACCUCCUGGUCCACCCAGAAAUUUUCUAUAAUGCUACAGGCUGUCUGCGCAACCUCAGCUCAGCUGGGCCUCUCACCCGCACAGAAUUGCGAGACUGCGACAGCCUCAUUGAUGCACUGGUCCAUUUCGUGCAAACGACCAUCGCUGACCACAAUGCCGACGACAAGUCCACAGAGAACUGCGUCUGCAUCCUGCACAACCUGUCAUACCAGAUGGAUGCGGAAAAAUCCGAAAGCCCGCCUGCUCCGCAGCAGGACCCGGCCCCUCUCAUUAAGGUGCCGGGCUGCUUUGGAUCACGCAGCAAAGAGAUUGCGCAGGCCACACCGCAGCUCCCCCUGUCGGACGAGAAGAAAGAAGAGACUAACCCCCAGGGCAAGCAGUGGCUGUCAAGUUCCAAUGCAGUGCGCAUGUACCUGUCGCUCGUGGCCCGCAGCAGUCGCAAAUGCACACUGGAGGCGGCCACCGGGGCACUGCUGAAUGCCACUAUUGGCAUCGGGACGAUGCAGCAAAACAUGGCCCAGACCAUCGUGAAGACGGAGAAGGGCCUAGAGAAUCUGAAGAAAUUGCUGUUCAACCCAGAGCACAGCGUGAGGAGAGUGGCGCUGUCCUUGUUGAAUAACAUCUCUCACUACCAAGUGCUGCACGACGAAUUGGUGAAACAGGUCUUACCUGACCUGAUCAGCAUGCUGCCAAGCCCAGGGUCCAGUGCAGAAGUGCCCAUGGAGAUCACCGUGCUACUGUGUCGCAUCCUUACCAACCUGAGCCUGUACAAUAGUGAGCAUGUGCGAGCUAUCUCCAACCAUGGUGGCCUGGCGAAGAUCAUGGACAUCAGCUCCGUGAAGAAUGGGAUGAGCCCUUCCAAGGCCAGCGAUGCUGCUUCAGCCCUGCUCCAAGCCAUGUGGGAACACAAAGACCUGCGUCUUUCAUUCAUCAAUGCUGGAUACAAGAAAGCAGAUUUCAUCAACGGUGGGACAAAGAAAGCCAUCAGUUUACCAUGGAAUGCUGAAAAAACAAAAAUGGACAAGAGGCUCCCAAAAAAGGCUGAGCAGAUGCCACCUAGUGGCAAUGGAGAGCGCAGCAACUGAUCCAGCAGCUUCCGGCCAAUUUCUAUUCUUUGCAUUAAUGCCCUCAGUGCCUGAAUGAGUUCAGUUAUUUGUUACUGACAAUGGAGAAAUAUAAUUUGCAGAAGCAAAAUAUAAUUGUGAAAGAGUGAAGUAGGUCAUCCCUGGGAGAGAGAUGAUAUUUUUGCAUGUUUGAAAACUCUUUAUAUUAAUGAAGUUUACAGCUGAACAGCUUUAACUGUCAGUUUGUUGAUAAAUUGCACAUGUAAAUAUUGUAUAUCCGGGACUGUUCCCUGUAUCAGAUUGUACCAGGCCAAAUAUCACGCACCUGCAGCCAGCACAAACAUACAAUGUUGUAAUAAAACUUACCCAACCAUAUUUCACAGCCCACGGAGACAGCUAUACAGCCUGAGCAGAUGGGCCACUCACUUUACACAAACUCACAAUAUAAGCUUCCCAAUAAAGAGAGAGUGUUUAAGUUAGUGGCAGUGACAGGAGUGUGACCUCCUGACCUUGGUAUGAAUGUGUGGGCCAGAGAAGCAGCUCUGAUCUGUGAUGCGAUAGGUAACUCAGUGGAAUAAGGAUCUGUUAUGUCUUGAAGGACCUGGGUUUGAAUCCUGUGGCCAGCAGAGUGCCCAUGUUGCUGUUGGGCCCUUGAGCGAGACCCUUAAUGAAAACUAAAGAAUUCUUCUGUUGUCGCUUAUGUAAAUAAAUUAUAAACUAAAAAUGUUUCAAUUAAUAAAGUGACUUAUCCAGAGUCA